AACCGUUUCGCUCCGCUCACUUUAUGAGCCUCCGCAGAACGACUUUUCCUAGCAGCCGGUUAGCAUCAUGGCGAGCGUUGCCGACACGAAGUUAUACGACAUCCUUGGAGUAUCACCUUCUGCCUCCGAGAAUGAGCUAAAAAAGGCAUACCGCAAACUGGCAAAAGAGUACCAUCCUGACAAGAAUCCUGAAGCUGGGGACAAGUUUAAAGAAAUAAGUUUUGCCUAUGAGGUGUUGACAAACCCAGAGAAAAAGGAGCUUUACGACCGUUAUGGCGAACAAGGGCUGCGAGAGGGAGGAGGCGGAGGGCCAGGGAUGGAGGACAUCUUCUCUCACAUUUUCGGCGGUGGGCUCUUUGGGUUCAUGGGUGGACAAAGCAGAGGACGCAAUGGAGGAAAGAGGAGAGGAGACGAUAUGAUACACCCUCUGAAAGUGUCUCUUGAAGACUUGUACAAUGGAAAAACCACAAAACUGCAGCUCAGUAAGAAUGUGUUGUGUAGUGCCUGCAAUGGUCAAGGAGGUAAAGCUGGAGCGGUGCAGAAGUGUGUGGCCUGCAGAGGAAGAGGAAUGAGAAUCAUGAUCAGACAGCUGGCUCCUGGGAUGGUUCAGCAGAUGCAGUCGGUGUGCACAGACUGCAGCGGAGAGGGUGAGGUGAUAAACGAGAAAGAUCGCUGCAAAAAGUGCGAGGGCCAAAAGGUGUGCAAGGACACAAAACUUCUGGAGGUUCAUGUGGACAAAGGCAUGAAGCAUGGGCAGAAGAUCACAUUUUCUGGAGAAGCUGACCAAGCACCAGGCGUUGAACCUGGAGACAUAGUUCUGGUGCUUCAAGAGAAAGAGCAUGAGGACUUCCGGCGUGAAGGCAGUGAUCUUCACAUGGUCCACCGCAUUGGUCUGGUUGAGGCUCUCUGUGGAUUCCAAAUGACUGUCACACACCUGGAUGGACGUCAGCUGCUUAUUAAAUACCCCCCAGGGAAGGUCAUCGAGCCAGGCUGUAUUCGAGUGGUGAAAGGAGAGGGGAUGCCUCAGUACAGAAAUCCAUUCGAGAAGGGCGAUCUUUACAUCAAGUUUGACGUCCAGUUUCCUGAAAACAACUGGAUCAGUCCCGACAAGCUGAACGACCUGGAAUGUUUGCUUCCUGCUCGUGCUGACGACCCCAUCAUUGCAGCAGACGCAGAGGAAGUUGACUUGACUGAGUUUGAACGGAGUCAAGGCUUUGGAAGUGGAGCCAGAAGAGAGGCGUAUAAUGAUAGCUCUGAUGAGGAAGGGGGUCACCAUGGCCCCGGGGUGCAGUGUGCACACCAAUAGACUCAUACACAGACUUGCACACAUAAACAAAAGCUAAAUCAGACACACGCAGCCCUCCGUUUCCAUUGCUAAAUCAAGACUUGUUGCGUAUAGAUUCAGAUUUCUUUUCUCUGAUGAGUCCAGUGAAAAAAAGAAAUGCAAUCAUCCUCCUUCCUCAGCUCUAUGGUGCCCCCAAGUCAAAGAGAUCCCAGAUGUGCGGUGGCCGUUUUGUGUUAUUGGACAUCAGUGUUCAUCAAUUUCUCCAGCAAGAAGAGUUAAGUUGUGAGAUGUUCACUGGCUCUGCAUCGCUUGGGCAUCCUUGUUCUCGUUUUAAGCUUUUUAUGUUUUACUGUGGGGAAAACAACAGUCUAGUGUACAAAAUGCACAUAUUGUGAAGUAUCCUGUAAAACGUGUAGUUUAGUCAAUCACAUACAAGCGCAUGUUCGUUCUUGCUGAAGAUUUUGAUCAGUUAGAUUCAAGCUCCAGAAACUUUCAAAUGAAGUCUGACACCGCAGCUGUUAAAAUGCAGAGUUCUACUGCUGCAAGAACUGGUCUAUUAACACAUUUGGAAAGAACACUCGAGGUUAAAACUCCCAUCUUAGAGAAAACUUGAUUCAUUGAUUUGCAGGGAAUGCUUUUGUUCCGAGCUGUGAGGUCCAUUAAAAAUGAGUGUACCACCGGCCAGAUAAAUCACUACGUUUAUUUUUGUUGUCUGAAAUUCCUUGGUGUGAAUGUUGUUGUGUUCUGAAACUGCAAACCUUACAGUUCUGUACUCGUGUUUGUGUGCAGUGCAGUGGCUCACUGUGUUGGCGAGCUGCUGUGGAAUGUUCCAGCUUCUUAGGGUGGUAGGUAUUCCUGUUUUGCAUUGAGCUGCAGUGCGAUUGGACACCAAAUAUGGUUAUUUAAAGAAUGUUUUUAUUUACUCAGAAGAAUCAGAUAUAGAAACUUUUUCUCUAAUUACCUGAAAUUUGGGGAGGAAAGGGGGGGUCCUGCUGUCCUGCAGUUCUGCAGGGAAAACUAUGUAUCAUACACAUAUUCCUGUUGCAGAGUUGCUAGUCAAACAUGCCCCCCCCCCCUGUAAUAUUGGAAUUUUCCUAUCUCAAAAUACCUGUAAAUAAACCCGGUCCCCGUGCAUUAAACCAACAGCUGUGUUAUCCUGUUCUCGUAUGCGAGCAGCAACAGUCAACAUGAAGUAAGGAUAGUGGAGUCACUGUUUACAUGCACCUCUGAAUUUCAUUGUUUCUGUAAAUAUGGCCACAAGGGCAAAAGUCCACAUGGUUUAAGGGGGGGUUCCUUGUCAAAUUACAUAAUUGUUGAUGCUUAUGGUUGUCAAAAUGUAUAAUAAACGACUACAAAUUAACAGAAA